CAUCUCCCUACUGAUCUCUGGUCUAUAGCAGAGGAGUGCCGCGUCUCCAGUAAAUCUGGCACAUCUCCUCAUUGGAGGAGUCAGCUAUAAGGAAAGGAAGGGAAGGGUCUCCAGUAAAUGAUCUGUGCCCAUGAUCUAUAUCUCAUUCAAACUCGAGGCACGCUAGAACAUAACCUUAUUGCAGUAGUAAGAGGCGGCAAAAUAUUCUACAUGCACAGAAAUUGAUAAUAAUUAGUGUAGUUAGUUAACUUAGUAAUUAGUUGCUAUGUGUAUUCUUGAAGGCUAGUUUACAAUAGACGACAGAGAAUGCCACGACGUGCAGUCAACAGAAGAGGUGGGCAAGGUGCUGGUAAUAAUUAUGCCGGUGGUGGUCGCGGUUAUGGUACUUUCAGAUCUCCUGGUGGAUACAGAAGACCUGGUGGACGUGGAGGGUCUGCUGGAUUACGUGGUGGUGGCCAUGGAAAAAGAAAUUUUAAAAGACCUAGAUCCAAUCAUGAGGACUCAGAUAAUAAAAGGCUGAAACUUGAAGUUGGAAAACGUUUAAAAGAAGUGGAUAUUGGAGUCACGGAAUACCUGGGUAGCCACAAAGGUUUUUCUGGUGUAGUGAAGGAGAGAUAUGCAGACUUUCACGUACAUGAAAUUACUCUGAAUGGAGAAGUAGCGAAACUUACAAAUCAGGAUAUACCACCAGAACCAGAAGAUCUUGAAAACAUGGAAGAACUGAAAAAGACGGUGUCUCAGGAUGUUUGGGAUCAAUUAGAAAUGUUAAUGGAGGCAGACAGUUUAGUCUCUUCUAUAGAGAUAAAUGUAACAAACAUGGAUAAAGCUGAACGUAGAGCUAUCCACAUUAUAGCAAAAAAAAUUCCAAAUGUUAACAGCCAAACUGUAGAACAGGGAAAGGAGAAACUUAUUGUAGUUGCUAGAGCCAAUAAGCAAAACUUAACUGGUCAUAAAUUCCGAAGAGAUCAGCGAGUAGACUGGGCUCGUCGUGGUGGCAAUUAUUGCCAUUUUCUGUUGCACAAAGUCAAUAUGGACACUAUGGACGCGUUGAAUCAAAUGGCCCUGUGUCUACGUAUGAAGUCAAACAUGUUCAACUAUGCAGGUACUAAGGAUCGUCGCGCCAGGACUACUCAGUGGGUGAGCUUAAAGAGAGUCAGUCCUAGCCACAUAUUAGAUGCUGGUAAAGCAGUCAGAGGUGCUUAUGUGGGCAACUUUAAAUUCGGCGAAGAACCUCUCCGAUUGGGAAUGUUAAGUGGUAAUAGAUUUCGAAUCGCACUGCGAAACGUAACGGGUACCGACGAGGAUAUCGAAAAGGCGAUGACUUCUUUACGUGACAGAGGCUUCAUUAAUUAUUAUGGCCUACAAAGAUUUGGUACUGUUGCUGCCAUACCAACACAUGAAAUCGGGAAAGCUUUACUUCAAAGUAAGUGGCAUGAAGCUAUUGAAUUGAUUCUUAAACCUAGAGCCGGUGAGCAACAUAGGGAUUUAGCUAAAGCCAGAGAAAUUUACCAAAAGACUAAAGACCCUUUGGCGGCCUAUCAGCAUAUUGGUAGACCAGAUAAAAUUGAGGCUAAACUCCUACGAGGUCUUCAUCUUUGUGGUGAUAGAAAUCCUCAGGGUGCUCUCGAUUGGAUACCAAGGAAUACAAGACUUAUGUAUAUUCAUGCAUACCAGAGCUUUGUAUGGAACAAUAUGGUGUCCAAAAGAAUAAAGGAUCUAGGAUCUAAACCAAUUGUCGGUGAUCUGGUUUAUGAAAAUCCUAAUUUCAAGGAGGAAAUGGAAGGAUUAGAUUAUUUGCAACAAGAUAAUGAAGAUGAUGAUGAUCAGAGUAAAAACAAAGGUAAAGAGCAACAAGAAAGUUCAGCAAAAAUCGGAGAUGAACAAAAGGAGCAGAAUAAUACAACAGAAAAUGAUUCGGCAUUGGAUGAUAAAAUGGUUCAAGAUAAAAAUAAACAGAGUGAGGAUAACGAAGAAACAGCAGAAGCUAAUGCCGAAAACAUUAAUAAGGAAGAUUUUAAAAAAUCGAAAGAGAAUAGUGAAAAAGUUAAGGAGGAUACCGAGAAGGAUACUAAUACUGUAAAAGCUGAGAAAGAAGAAUUGCGAAAUUUACCAGCAGUUAAGAUUCUAACCGAAGAAGAUUUGCCAAAUUAUACACUGGCCGACGUGGUAAUGCCUCAACCUGGCUGGAGAGUAACUUAUCCACCGUAUGCAAAAUCCUGGUUUGAUGAGAUUUUGGCCAAGGACGGUUUAACCACGGAUUUAAGACAGAAAAACAAAAAGUAUACGUUGGGAGGAACUUAUAGAAAAAUGAUGGAAAUUCCGUCUGAUCUCUCCUGGAGGAUAAUGCGCUAUAAAGAAAGAUAUGACGACCUAAUUCUGUGCGAUGUCGAUGAGAUGCGAGGAAAUGUGCCGCCUAAAGAUGAACCUGAUGGAAAGUAUAAAGCCCUUGUCGUUGAGAUGUCCCUGAGGCCUUGUACUUAUGCGACAAUGGCACUUCGUGAGAUAUUGAAGUGCGACACGUCGCCACAGACUCAAGCGGCCCAAUCAGCAGCUAACAGAGCCCAGGAAGAUGAAGAUGCUGAAAAGAAGAGAUCCGAGGGCGAAAAGGAAUUAGAAGAAACGAAGAGUAGGGACACAGAGAACGAGAAGGUAUCAGAAGAGACGAAGAGUGAAGAGACAGAAAGGAAUAUAAAAGUGGAAAAAAUUAAGGUGGAGCAGGAUGAUUUAAGUGACGAACUACAGGAAGAAGAAAUGGAAAUAACAAAAGAUGAAGAUACACAAAUAAAGGAGGAAAAAGAAAAAGUUGAUGCAGAAUCUAGUAUUAAUGGUGAGAUUAUGGAUAGUUUAGUUAAGCCUUAAGAAACAUGAGAAAGAAAAAUGACCCAAAUGAUUUUUA